GAGAGUCUGCGAGGCGGCGGCAUGGACGGCCCCGUGUCCAGUUUGGAGGUCUGUAACCUGGCCUACACGGGGCAGCUGGAGUUGCUGCAGGCCCGGCUGAGGGAGGACCGCAGCCUGGCCACCCGCAGCGACCAGGAUCACCGAACCGCGCUGCACUGGGCGUGCUCAGCGGGACACACGGACAUCGUGCAUUUCUUGCUAGGCCUGGGCGUGCCUGUCGAUGACAAGGACGACGCUAGCUGGACUCCUCUCCAUAUUGCAGCUUCAGCAGGCCAUGAUGAAAUUGUGAAAGCUCUGAUUGGAAAAGAUGCUCAAGUGAAUGAUGUUAAUCAAAAUGGCUGCACACCUCUGCAUUAUGCAGCCUCCAGAAAUAGACAAGAGAUUGCAGUUAUGCUGUUAGAGAAAGGAGCUGAUCCUGAUGCAACAGACCACUAUGAAUCCACUCCAUUACACAGAGCAGCAGCCAAAGGAAACCUAAAAAUGAUACAGAUCCUGCUGCAGUACAAAGCGUCUGUGAAUAUACAGGACUCUGAAGGGAACACACCUCUCCAUUUAGCCUGUGCUGAAGAGAGAGUGGAUGAGGCAAAGCUGUUGGUGUCCCAUGGUGCAAGUAUUUACAUUGAGAAUAAAGAAGAAAAGACCCCACUGAAAGUGUCAAAAGUUGGCCUGGGAACUGUACUUAAAAGAUUGGUGGAAGACUAGCAGUGUUGGUUGAGUUAUGACUUGAAUUCCAUUCCUGAUGCACCCAUUUAAGACUAUUAUCUUAAUAUUUUGAUAGCUUAAAUGUUGUUAUAAUGUGCAUAUAUAAUGUAUGUAGUGGUAUAUAUCAGUACCCUUCAAUUUUACCACCAAAUGCACUUCUUCUAAUUGCCUGUUAAUUAAACCAGUCAGCACUUUUAAAGUAUUUUUAGUAUCCUGCAGUUUUGUUUCAUGUAAAAUUAUUGUUACUCUUAUAAAUUGGAAUUGGAAGAAACCUGUUAGGUUCUAUUUUCUAUUUUACAGGGCCUAGUGUGGGAUUGUUUCUUUAUAGUAUAUUGUGUUCAGUCCUGUUGCUUGAGCCAUUUAAAAUUAGGUUUGCUUUGGAAGCCCGUUCCACAGUCUGUUACUUUUUGUUACAGCUGGCCAGAAAAUGGAAUUGAAGUUCUGUGAAAAACUUCCAUAACAAGAAUAUUUUAGGUGUUUCCAAAACGAAAUAUGCUUCUUGGAAUCCCCGGCUGCCUACCCAGAUGAGUUACCGAGGAGCUGGGGAUCCCAGGACAUAUAGGCUGCUAGCUUCUCAGCAGCCCACCUGAUGGGGAUCCCAGGAAGCUUAUUUUGGGAGCUCCAGAAGCCAAAAUUCAAAGUCAGUUUGCCUGGCAGGCUGCUGUGGAGCUGGGGCGUCAGAAAACACAGUCCUCAAAAAAA